CGCGACAACAAACACCCAAACCCUCCCCAGAUUGAGACGGCCCGAUGAGCUACGCGCGGCGGGGCAUCCUCGACGACGACGACGAUGAGGAGGAGGACGACCACAACUGGCGCUCACUCAGUCGCAAUGCAACCACCGUCAACAGGCGCAACGGCGUCUCAAAGACAACCAACGACACGCUUGGUGAGAUUCGCGGCAUUAUUCAGAGCGAGUGGGCAGAAACCCUGCAGCCAGAUUUCAGGCCUAUUGGACUAGCGCUCGAUAUGGUAGAUACCAGCUCCCUUGGCAGACGUAGAGAUCUCGAGCGCUUCAGGCGCACAAACCAAGAUAUCGAGCGCGCACUGCAGAGUACCGUUAAUGAGCACUACCAGGGCUUCAACUCGAGUAUUGGGACAUAUGGGCAAGUCACAGGAGCGAUUGCUACUUCACAAAGGCAAGUAGGCGCGACACGGGACGCGCUACAUCGAGCAAAGGCGCAGCUGUCCACGCACAGAGAUGACUUGUUGGACUUGUCUGAGCGGUCGCGACAGUACAACGACAUGAUUUCUCUCCUCAAGGACAUUGCACGCCUGCGAGGGAUUCCAGAACAACUCGAGGCUCACUUGUCAGCAAAGCAAUUCCUAAAGGCAGUUCACUGCUUCAACGAGGCAAGUGCCAUUGCACAUCGACAGGAAAUGAUCAAUAUCGCUGCUCUGGCUGAUAUUCGACAAUACCUCAAAUCACAGUCAGUGAGUCUGGUCGAGAUCCUUUUGGAAGAACUGCACAACCACCUCUAUCUUCGCUCUCCUUACUGCGACAACAGAUGGGCAGCCUACACAGUCGGUCAGACAGACUUGCCCAUCAUUUCACUUGACGGCCGAUCGUCUCUCCGUCUGCCGCUCGAAGAUCACCGUGCAAAACGACAAGGCGAGCAGCAUGUCGCUGUUGACCAGCAUCCCGAACGCGACUCAUUCACCUACGUCAGCACGGUUCUUGAAGCGCUCUACAUUUUUGGCAAGCUACCCUAUGCGAUGGAUAUCGUUGCUCAGCGCAUGCCUAGCCAAAUACAUACCCUGUUUGGGUCGACAGUCGAUCAAGUCCGUGCAAGGCAUGGUUCAAAAAGGUCAUCUGCCAACAGCAAGCCAGACUUGACUGACCUGCUGGACAGAGAUGACGAGUCGACUGAACCCCUGCGAGACUUGUUUUGGACACUCUUCUCCAAAGUGGAUGCUAUGCUACAAGCACACAGCAAUUUGUGCGAGACACUGCUCGCUCUUCGAGAUCGAUUCGGCGGUCGUGCCGCGGCCGGGUCUGCUGUCGAGUACGACUUUGCCGAAGUCUGGAAGCCUCUCGGCUCUGAACUACGUUCGCUUCUAGGUCAAUACAUCCUCGACAAAUCAGCAUCGCUCGAGUCUGUCAAGCAAGGCAAUGUCAAUAUGAACGUCUUUAGAGAACCGGCGCGCAACAAGACGAAGCAGUUAUUUGAUUUCAUGGAUCAAAGUGGACGGCAUGAAUCUGUUGCGCAAGCUGAAGAGGAGCAGCUGCGAUCUAUGCUGCAUGAUUCAGUGCCCGGAUUGAUUGCAGAUGGACCAGACUUGAGAAACAAUUCAGUUGUCCUGACUGCAGAAAGUGGACCGAUUGCUGCAAGCACGCCCUUCAAUAUCGCCAUCAUCAUGUCGCCCACCGUGGCCUUGCUGAGUCGCGCAAAACGCAUCAUUCCGCAAGGUAGCAGCGUUUCUGCUUCCGCGAUUGAUGCAUUCUUGGAUGAACUCAUUUCGAAACUCGUGGCUCCACAGUUGACAGAGCUUCUGGAUGAUGCUACGCGAAGUGCCUUGAGCGGCACAUUGCGGCCUCUUCACAAUGUAUCCAAGGGCAGUCCAUCAGACCUGGCAGACUUUUUAAUGGUUUUAGCGCGAUUCUCGACGCUCAUUGAGCAAGUGGCAUACAAGCGCGAGCAAUAUGCCGACAUGAUGCUUGGAUCAAUGCUCGCCUAUCUACAAAAAGUGCAGAGCCAUUUCGGUUUGUGUACGGCCAACCCGCAGCAGGAUAACCAUAAGCUUGGUGCAUUGCGGCUUGGGCCUUCAUGGGCGUGUCGAGCGGAGAUUGUCGAGCUUUGGCAACCCUUUUUGCAACGCCAGUAUUUUGAGGCCUCUGAGCUCUACACCAUUGCAGCUCAAGAGCAAGACAUCUUGCGGCAAUUACGCAAACAGACACAAGUUGAGCGUGGUGACUUGAUUAUGGAUGGUCGAACGAUUCACAAUCUGGCACACCUCUAUGGCAAUGUCAAGCACUUUAUGGCAGCUGCUAGGAAGUUUCAUCAAGAUUCAAAGACACGGCCUAGUUGGAUCAAUGAAACGAAGAAGGACUCUUCUUUGCCAGCGACACUGAAGCGGCUCGAGAUGAAUACCACGGGAGCAGGCAAAUUCGACAGCAUCAUGGCAGCCUUUCAGCGCGUGCUCGUGGAUAUUCUGCUGACUUUGCGUAUUGAAUUGCACGUCCAGGUCUUGUUUUUUGUGCAGCAAUCUCUGAAGCACAGCAACUAUGACAUUGAUGAACCCGCAGUUGAAGCAGAUCCCAUCAUCCUGGAUCUUGUCAAGCAGAUUGAUCUCUUCAACGAAGUCUCCGUACAGCACCUGUCGUCGGAUGAGUCUGAGUUUGUGCUUGCUAGUCUCGCCACAUUCAUUGAUGAUCUCUUCAUUGAUGAGAGUGAACUGAUCGGUACAUUGUCUGCAGCUGGAGCGCAAAAAGUUGGACUUCACAUCCUCGCCAUUCAGCAGCAUCUCCGAAAUUUGGUGUCCUCGCCUGAAUUAGCUGAUCUUGGCCCAGCAAAGCUCUUCUUUGACUUGUUUGAGGCGACUCCACUGGGUCUGAUUGAGGUGGCAAGUUCCUCUGGAGGACUGCCAUUCGCUUAUGAGCAUGCAGCCAAAUUGCUCAGACUACAGCAUUCUCGGGAUUUACAACAAGCACAGGGUCAACAAAAUGGCACCAAUAGGGCAUCGCGUGAUGGCUCUCGCAGGAAGCUACUCGACGAACACCUGAUUCUCUUGUCAGAGGCCAUGUGGAAAGUGGAUGAAGUCGGUGGUGGCCAAUAGAAGUGU